GAGUACGCUCAAAUGUCAUAGUGUUACUUCUAUGCUUGUCAUUGUUCUGAGUAGGAACCAGAUUAUCUUUCAUUUCGCUGAAAUUAGAAAUAAAUUUUUAGUCUAUAAAUAAUAUAAAUUUAUAUUUCGACAAAGUACAAAAUUAAUAUAGUCCUGUUUGGUGAUAUGCAAGCAAAAAAACGCUACGUUCUUCUUUUUAUAUCUUGCGCAUUUUUAUUAUAUUUUUAUUAUGGGAGUCACCAUUUAAAAGCUGACAUAAUCCAAAAAGACGGUCAUGAUCUUCCUUCUUUUGCAACAUUGGAUGAAUUAACAGAAUUGCCUUCUAAGUUGAAACGGCAGCCUACUAUAAAAACAAUACCAUGCCGCAUGGAAACUUGUUUCGACUUUUCAAAAUGCGGAAACGAACCCAAGAUAUAUGUUUAUCCCAGUGAUGGGCCAGUUAGUGCGUCGUAUCGUAAACUAUUAUCGGUGGUGAGGGAAUCUCGCUUUGUCACAAGGGAUCCUAAUGAGGCUUGUUUGUUUAUCCCUGCAAUAGAUACUCUAGAUGCGGAUCCUUUGUCUCCUGAACAUGUAUCAGAUGUAGCCACACGCUUGUCUCGUUUACCUUACUGGAAAAAUGGGCGUAACCACCUCAUAUUUAAUUUAUAUGCAGGCACAUGGCCUGACUAUGCAGAAGGGGCUUUAGGAUUUGAUCCAGGAGAGGCUAUCCUGGCAAGAGCCAGCGCCUCGGAAACUAUAUUCAGGGAUGGGUUUGACAUAUCAUUGCCAUUAUUCCACAAGGAACAUCCAGAACGUGGAGGCUUGCCUCCAGCUGCCACAGGAAAUCCGUUUCCUGCUCCCAGGCGCCACUUACUUGCAUUCAAAGGAAAAAGAUAUGUACAUGGUAUUGGAAGUGAAACAAGGAAUUCCUUAUGGCAUUUACAUGAUGGUAACAAUCUCAUUUUGGUAACAACAUGUCGACAUGGAAAGUCCUGGAAGGAUUUACGAGAUGAACGCUGUGAUGAGGAUAACAGAGAAUAUGACAAGUUUGAUUAUGAACAGCUCCUGGCUAAUUCAACAUUUUGCUUGGUGGCUCGUGGACGUCGCCUUGGUUCAUAUCGCUUCCUUGAAGCUCUAGCGGCUGGUUGCAUCCCUGUGUUAUUAAGCAAUAGCUGGCGAUUGCCCUUUGAUGAAAGAAUAGAUUGGAAACGAGCUGUUAUUUGGGCAGACGAGCGGUUAUUAUUGCAGGUACCAGAGCUUGUGCGCUCAGUGCCGCCUGAGCGUAUACUUGCACUGAGGCAACAGACACAGUUCUUAUGGGAACAAUACUUCUCAUCAAUCGAGAAAAUUGUAUUUACUACAAUCGAGAUCCUUGCAGAACGGAUUCUCUUCCAUAAAUCGUCAACGCGACGCGAAGCUUUAAUUUGGAACGCAUCACCUGGCGCCCUCGGGACUCUCGCAGCGUAUGGGGACUCUCGGUCGCACUAUCCUAUAGCGUCGCCUAUCCUCCCCGCCCCACCAGCACCCUCUACGCCCCUGGCACCUCUCCCUGCACCUUCUGUUCCUCUCGCUGCGCCUCCACCGACUCCUGGUAACUCUUUCACAGCAUUACUUUACGCUCAAGCAACAUCACCGGCUUUACAUAAACUGCUCGCCAAUAUAGCAAGCAGUGAAUUUUGUGAAAAGGUGGUGGUAGUGUGGGACAGCGAGCGCGCGGCGCCUUCGCUGAAGUCGUUGUCGCGGCUGGCGGGAGACUUGCGGGAGCCUCUGCCCGUACUCGUCAUAGAUGCCACCACGCAUUAUCCAGGGGAAGGUGUAUCAGCGCGUUGGCAACCGCUUUGGGCGGUACCCACAGCAGCAGUAUUCUCUUUAGAUGGUGACGCGCCUCUACUAGCUGAAGAAUUAGACUUCGCAUUCCUAGUUUGGCGACAUUUCCCAGAGCGAAUCGUGGGAUAUCCUGCGAGGACGCAUUUCUGGGAUGAAGCUAAGACGGCGUGGGGCUACAGCAGCAAGUGGGGCGCGGCGUACUCGCUGGUGCUGCCGGGCGCGGCGCUGGUGCACCGCGCGUGGCUGGCGCUGUACGCGGCGGGCGCGCCGGCGCUGCGCCGCGCCGUGCGCCGCGCCGCCAACUGCGAGGACAUCCUGCUCAACUGCGUCGUGGCGCACGCCGCGCGCCGCCCGCCGCUCAAGCUGGCGCAGCGCCGCUGCUACAAGCCCGCGCACAGCAGAUACAGCAGAUCUUCUUGGAGUGACCCUGAACAUUUCGUCCAGAGGCAGUCCUGCUUGAACACGUUUGCCACGGCGUGGGGUUAUAUGCCACUCAUGCGUUCUGUAUUGCGUCUUGAUCCAAUACUUUUCAAGGAUCCUGUAUCUACACUUAGAAAAAAAUAUAGAAAAAUGGAGUUAGUUACUUUGUAAAAAGCGUAUCUUAUUAUUUAAAUGUAGUAAGUACGUAAUAUGUAUUAAUUUACCAUUGGCUUUAAUAAAUUAAGUUCGAAACUUGA